GAGGAGGAGGAGGAGGUGACGCCAGUAGGAGCUGCAGUGAUGCUAACAGCCCAGACACACACAGGAGCUAAUGAUCACACACACACACAGACAGGCACAGAUCAAGACAGAGGAAACAGUGAGUUAGGAGGAAUUUUACUGCACACACACACACAGUGAUCGCUGGCGCAAAAACUGAGCUGCAGUGACGUUAGCUGCUUUUAGCAUAAGGAGGCUAACCCUCCCACACACACACACAUAUAAAACGAUGCAGAGGGUUACUAUUGGACGAUGCCAAAGCCAUCAAACUUCAGAUUGACACAUAACUUUCUGGGGGACUCAACCAGGCGCCAGUGGUGAUGUCAAAAAAAGGAGCAGGGAUACGAGGGAAAGGGGAGCGACCAGAUGCCAUGGCAACCCUUCAAGCAGCCAAUGAGGAGUUGAGAGCCAAGCUUACUGACAUCCAAAUUGAACUACAACAAGAGAAGAACAAGGUCAGUCGCCUGGAGAGGGAGAAGAGCCAGGAGCUGAAGGCAGAACACCACCGGGCAACAGUAGCUGCCACAGAGCUGAAGACUAAACUUCAUGAGGAGAAGCAAAGGGAGCUGUCUCUCACCAGGGAGACCUUACUACGGCAACACGAGAUGGAGCUGAUGAGGGUUAUCAAGAUCAAAGACGGGGAGAUUCAGCGGGUUAAUGGGCUAGUCCAGAGUCUGCGGGAUGGGUCCACUGACAAGGUGAGGAGCACCUUAAUGGCAGAGUUGGAGGAGGCCAGGAGGAACUGGGAAGCAGAGCGCUGUCGCUUACAGCAAGAGGUCCAGGAGCUGCGAGCAGCAAAGAGGUGUGCUGAGGAGGCUCUUAGCUCAGCUCAGCAGGCCUGCCAGGCUCGAGCUGCUGAACUCAGAUCAGCUCAUCACCAACACCAAGAAGAGCUGAACAGGACCAAGCGCGAAUGCGAGAGGGAGAUCCGUCGCCUGAUGGAUGAGAUAAAGCUGAAGGACAGAGCUGUCAGUGUUUUGGACAAAGCCCUGGGGCUGCAGGCUGGACAUGCUCACCGCCUGCAGCUGCAGACUCAGGUGGCCGAGCAGCAAAUCGCAGCCCUGAGAGAUGCACAGAGGGCGGGGAUAAACACUCCAGGCCACACCUCUAACCCCUCCCAUAACUCUGUCACUCAUCUUGAGGACAGAGACACUCGCAGGUUUCACUUAAAAAUUGCUGAGUACAGUUCCACUGUCAGGAAGCUGGAGGAUCGAAACGCUCUGCUGUCUGAGGAGCGCAAUGAGCUGCUAAAGCGUCUCAGAGAGACCGAGAGUCAGUUUCUUCCUCUUUUGGACAAAAACAAACGUCUGAGCAGGAAGAAUGAGGAACUGGCACUCACGGUGCGUCGCCUCGAUAACAAGCUUCGUUUUGUAACCCAAGAGAACCUGGAGAUGGUAACUAUGAGGAGACCAAGCUCAUUAAAUGACCUUGAUCGAAGCCACUCUACCAGUUAUCAUGGUUACAGCCAGGACGAAAGAGAGAUGGAGUUUCUGCGACUACAGGUGAUGGAGCAGCAGCACAUCAUCGAUGACCUGUCCAAGGCUCUGGAGACAGCUGGUUACGUAAAGAACGUCAUAGAGAGAGACAUGUUAUUGAGGUACAGACGCCAGGAGUCAGUAAGGAGGAAACGAACCUUCAGAGCCUGCAGACAGGUCAUAGAGACGUUUUAUGGUUAUGAUGAAGAAGGCUCGGUGGACUCUGAUGGAUCCUCUUUGUCUUUUCACACUGACAAGACUCCAGACACUGAACCAGAGGAGGUGUGUGUGCGUGAGGAGACGGAGCUUCGGUACCGUCAGUUGACGCAGGAGUAUCAGGCACUGCAGAGAGCAUACGCUUUGCUGACAGAGACCAGUGGAGUAAACUAUGAUGCCGAGAAGGAGAUCAAGACCAGAGAGCAGCUGCUCACUGAAAUCAGCAGAUACCAAAGCAAAGUCAUAGAUCUGGAGUCAGCGCUGACACAACAAGGAAUGGAUGUGAAGUGGGUGGAGGAGAAGCAAGCACUGUAUCAGAGAAACCAGGAGCUGGUGGAGAAGGUGAGGCAGAUGGAAGGAGAAGAUCUGCGUCUGAGAAAUGACAUCCAGGACAUCAGAGAUCAGAACGAGUUGCUGGAGUUUAGAAUAUUAGAACUAGAGGAAAGGGAGCGAAGGUCCCCUGCCAUUAGCUUCCAUCAAGUUCAUUUUCCAGACGGCCUCAGUCCUCUGCAGAUCUACUGUGAGGCAGAAGGAGUCACAGACAUUGUAAUCAGCGAGUUGAUGAAGAAGCUUGACAUUCUGGGCGAUAACGCCGUAAGUAACCUGUCCAAUGAGGAGCAGGUGGUGGUAAUACAUGCCCGGACGGUGCUCACGCUGGCAGAGAAGUGGUUGGAGUCCAUUGAAGUGACAAAGUCGGCUCUACAACAGAAGAUGUUGGACAUUGAGAAUGAAAAGGAGCUGUUCAGUAAACAGAAGUGUUACCUGGAUGAGGAGCUGGACUUCAGGAAGCAGUCAAUGGAUCAGGCUCAUAAGAGGAUCCUGGAGCUGGAGGCGAUGUUGUUUGAGGCUCUGCAGCAUGAGGAGGAAUCCAGGAUGGAGGGAUUAAAGGUCGAGGAAGGUCGCCUCACCGAAACACUGACAGAGGAUGAAAGGGAGGCUCUGAGGAAAGCCAUGGAUCAGUGGAAGCGAACAGUGAUGUACGAGCUGAGAGAGAGGGAUGCUCAGAUCCUUCGAGACAGGAUGGAGUUACUGCUGCUCACACAACAGAGAAACAAAGACCUGGAGGAGUUUAUAGAAGCACAGAAACGACAGAUUAAAGAGCUUGAAGAGAAGUUUCUAUUCCUGUUCCUAUUCUUCUCACUGGCAUUUAUUCUCUGGUCCUAACGACAAGUGAGUCCAGCAGCUGCACACUCAGCAGGGUCAGCAUAGUCUGGGCCAAACCUGACAGGAAGAUUGUGGUUUGGAACCAGCAGCAUCCCGGCUUCACUGCCCUACUGACCUGCCAUCUGCUGCUGUCAGCCAAUCAGAGCAAGGCCCAGCUGUCAGCUGUCAGUUUCCAGUAACAGCUGAACCAACUUUAAGCUAACUCCACCCAGUUAGCAAAUCCACAACAGGAUGUUCUUGGUUAGUCGCCUGAGAAAUGGGUCCAGUGUCCUGCUGUGACCAAAGUGGUGCUGGACUGGACACAGUGUUAGUUGGACUUCUUCAACCCAGCUAAACUAGAUUUUAAAAUCUGUCCUGUUAAUAGGAUUUCUGUCGUUUUCCGAGCAGGGUUACAUCCGUACUGAGGUGGUUUGAGCCAGUAUCAGUGACUUAACCUGUUUGGGGGUUAACGAUUAACAGAAGUUUAAUAAAGAAACAGUGAAACAGUAGAAA